CCGCCUAAUAGUAAACAUGAACAAAUUCAACUAUAAAUUUAGAAAUUAUACUGAUAACAAAUACAUUAAAAAGGCUCCUUCUGAGAUAGGAACAACAUUUUUACAUGGUUUUCAUGGAUUUAAGUUGUAUUUUCCAGAUGAUGAUGUUGAUAUUGAAAAAUUGAAAAAUAAUAUUAAUGCUUUUCAACAGUAUGUGGACCAACAUAACAGUGCAUUUAAUUUAGAUUUUAUCGAGGAGAAUAAAUAUUUUAUUGUAGAUUAUAAGCUUUUAAUCAAUGAUGAAGAUUUAUCAAAAAACUGGACUGACUACAAGACUGACAUAAUAAAUAAUACUCAGUAUUACUUAAAUGUAAUGGGACUAGCACUUCAUCAAAACUUAAUCAAGAAACUUCAAGACACUACUAAUAAUAUAGGCAAUCCCAAAGAAAAAGAAUAUUCUAUAAUCAGACCUAGAAUUGUGAAUUUUGAACCCAGUUUGCAGCUUAAAGAUUUAAGAGUGAAUUAUUAUGGAAAGCUAGUGUCUGUACGUGGUACUGUCAUAAAAUCAGGCAACAUUAAAAUAAUCUGUAGUUACAUGACCUUUCUAUGCUCAUCAUGUUCUAGUCUUCAGACAGUUCAACAAACAGAUGGCAACUACACACUACCCAGCAAAUGUAUAACAACAAAAUGCAGAGCACAAUCAAAUUUUAUACCCCAACACUCAUCAGUACAUACAAAAACAAUCAGCUAUCAAUCCAUAAGGAUACAAGAACUGAUUGGGACUGAACAGGCAGAAAAUGGACGAGUACCAAGAACACUGGAUUGUGUUUUAAUGGAAGAUUUAGUCAAAACAUGUAUACCAGGGGAUGAUAUAACUAUAACUGGCAUAAUAAAAGUGGAAAACCCUGAACAGAAUGGAAAAUCAAAACAACAAUCACUUUUCCAAUUAUACCUACAUGCUAUUUCUGUAGUCAAUAACAAAAAUCAAAGUCAAGGCAGUUAUGGAGCAUCAGAAAGAAUUACUUUCAACAUUAAAGAUUAUUAUGCCAUACAACAAAUCCAUUCGGAGCCGAAACUAUUCCGUUUUUUAGUCCAAUCUUUAUGUCCAAACAUUUACGGACAUGAAAUUGUUAAAGCUGGCCUACUGCUGGCCUUAUUUGGUGGGACAAAGUGCGACAACCGACGUGCAGAGUCCCACAUUUUGAUGGUUGGAGAUCCAGGAUUGGGAAAAAGUCAAAUGUUGCAGGCUUGUACGAACGUCGCACCUAGAGGUGUGUAUGUUUGUGGAAACACGAGUACCAGUUCUGGUUUGACGGUGACAAUGACGAGAGAAGUGGGCGGAGAAUAUGCCCUAGAAGCUGGUGCUUUGAUGUUGGCCGAUCAGGGUUGUUGCUGUAUCGACGAAUUCGAUAAAAUGCCUUCUCAACAUGCGUGUCUCCUUGAAGCCAUGGAACAACAGAGUAUCAGUAUAGCCAAGGCAGGCAUAGUUUGCACGUUACCAACAAGAACUACUAUUCUAGCGGCAGCUAAUCCUGCGGGUGGGCACUAUGACAAAUCAAAAACGAUAGCAGAGAACUUGAAAAUUAGCUCGCCAAUGCUUUCGCGAUUCGAUCUGAUCUUCAUAUUGCUGGAUCAACCUAAUGAAGAAUUGGAUUUGCUGCUUUCUAGACACGUAUUGGCUCUACAUGCAGGUAUCAAGAUCGAGCAGACGUUCUAUAAUGCUGACGCCAGUACUUCAGAAGGACACACUUUAAGAGAUAAACUUCGAAUGGAACCUGGAGAAACCUUAGAUUUGUUACCACAUGGAUUGUUUAGAAAAUAUAUAGCAUACGCACAAAAAUAUGUCAACCCACAAUUGAGUGAUAAGGCUAAAGAAGUCAUAAAACAGUUUUAUUUAACUUUAAGAAAACAGUUUCAAUCAGGUGAUUGCACUCCCGUUACAACGCGGCAGUUAAAUUCUCUAAUUAGGCUUUCUCAGGCCAGAGCAAAAUCUGAACUUAGGGAAAUCGUAACGGAAAAGGAUGCACUUGAAGUGGUGGAAAUAAUGCGGCACAGUUUAGUUGAUUUAUUCACCGAUGAAUAUGGUAUUUUGGACAACACACGAUCACAAAACGGCACUGGGAUGAGCAAAAAGAAUCAGGUUUCAAAAUUGUUGAGACAAUUGCAACGCAAGUCAGAAGUGGAAAAAAAGUCGAUAUUUUCCAAAAAAGAAAUACAAACUAUAAGUGAACAAGUUGGUUUGGCAAAAGAAAAUUUUUACAAAGUGUUACAAAGCUUAAAUAUUCAAGGAUACUUAUUAAACAAAGGGCAUAAUAAUUAUCAGUUGGUCAGUGCUGAUAUCUAAAGUUGUUCCUGAUAAAAUUUGUAGUAUUUAAUUAUAAUUUUUUUAAUAAAUAUUAUUUUUAUAUUAUUUAUUU